AUGGCGACCUCAGAUCUCGACCAACUGGUCAUGAUGGGGUUCGACAAGGAGAGAAGUGAGAUGGCAUUGAAGAAGUCAGGCGGACUGGCUGAUGCGAUCGAUUGGCUAGACACUAACUCGUCAAAAACUCUCGAAGAACUGAAAGCCGAAGAAGCGGCAGCCGCUGAAGCAAAAGCGGCCCAGGCAGCAGAUGAAGCAAAGAGCCUAGUUUGCAACGAGUGUGGCAAGAAGUUCCGAGGGACUGCUCAAGCAGAGUUCCAUGCUACCAAAUCAGGUCACACCGACUUCUCAGAGUCGACGGAAGAGGUCGCUCCGCUGACCGAGGAAGAACGUCAGGCUAAACUUGCACAGCUGCGGGAGAAAUUGGCGGCUAAGCGAGCAGUGCAGGCGGAGCAGGACAAGAUUGAUCAGAAGCGCAACGAACAGAUCAACCGGAAAAAGACAAAGGAGACCGAGGACUUGAAGGAGCAGCUGAGAAUGAAGGAGCAGAUCAAGGAAGCGGAGAAGAAGAAGCGCGAGAAGCAGGCAGAGAUCGAUGCAAAGAAGCGAAUACAAGCGAAAAUUGCUGCCGACAAGGAAGAACGAAGAUUGAAGGCUGAACGAGAAAAGGCUGCGAGAGCAGGCACGGCACCCCCAGUUGCAGCCCAGCCGCCGCCGGCACCCGCCCCGGCAGCCGCCAGACCAGCUUCAGAGUACAAGGAGACCCGUCUGCGAUUGCAAACCUCGGGCGGCAACAUCAUGAAGACAUUCCCAGUCGAUACGACACUUUUUGAAGUGGCAGCAGCAGUGGGCGAGGAAAUCGGACGAGAUGUUGAAAGCUUUGCUCAAAACUUCCCCAGGAAGGUGUUUGGUCAGGAGUUCUUCGGAGAGUCGUUGAAGGACCUGAAGCUCGUGCCCAGCGCCAGCUUGAUUGUGAAGUAG